AUGUACUGGUGCACAUUUAAUAGGGCCCCAUUCAGAAAAUUAAAUUUAUUUAUGCAGGAGAGGGGCACGGGGCAGGUACCGGAUGAGGAAUCGGUCUCAAUUCGUAAAGUAUUACGUGAGAAUAAAGCAGAGGAAUGGACUGAAUUAUUAGAGGGUCAUGGUGUAUGCAGUGUAACUGAUUUACGCCGGGUAAAGUAUGCGGAUCUUGUACAGUUCGGGAUAAGUGAAUUUGAGCCCAGGAAGAGGAUAUUUGAGGUUAUUAAGCAAUUAAACACGGAGUAUCCGUAUGAUAAAGACAGGCGGGCAUCACUCCAUCAGAGAAUGCAAGCACUCGCCAGGUCUAGUAUAGGGUUUACGCAUGUACACCCAGAGAGCAGUACGUAUAAUAAUAUGAAUAGCGUACAGGACCAGGAGAGUAUCCCCAUAAAUAUAAGCAGUAAGGAUGGGGUGAGUAGGGACACUUCAUAUGUAAAGUAUUCAGGUGGUGUACAGGACACUUCUAAAGAUGACAGUUUUACGUACUAUACCUGUAAUAACACGGGGAGGGACUCACUCGGUAUAAUUGACACACAGAGCACACCCACAGAAAGUGUCCACAGGAGGGAUUCUAUUAUGAGGGAGGGGUACGCCAUGAGAAGUACUUGGAAGAGGAAGAAGGAUUUAGUUAAUGAAAUAAUGAAAGAGGCAGAGGACAGUAUAAUAUUAGAGGGUGAUUCAAUACAGGACAGUUCCACCGCAGGGAGUACGUCGGAGUAUUCGUGCAUAUCUGACGUACACACAGAAUCCGUCGAAUUAUCGGGGUGUAAGGAUCCGUUAGAGGACAACAGGAUAACUGUAAUUGUAAGGAAGCGACCAAUUAAACCGAAUGGGAAGAGGGACACUGUAAGCAUAUCAGGAGCACAAGUCAUCCUCACUGAGAGUAAGCAGAAAGUAGAUCUAACCCCGUAUAUGGAACCACAUACGUAUACAUUUGACAGGGCGUACGGUGAGUGUAAUACGACCAUGGAUAUAUACAGGGAGUGUGUUAAGCAAAUGGUGAACUAUUCCAUGGCCGGUGGUAGUUCUACGUGUAUAGCGUACGGCCAGACAGGGAGUGGUAAGACGUACACCAUGCUAAAUGAGCAUACGGGUAUGAUCGUACUGGCACUUAAGGAUUUAUUACGUGAGGGUGUCCGUGUGUCAUUCUAUGAGAUAUACUCUAAUAGUAUAUACGACUUAUUAGAGGACCGUAAGAAGAUAUUUGCACGGGAGAAGGACGGGGUUGUUUCUAUUAUGGGUGUAAAGGAGGUUUAUGUGGGCAGUGUAACCGAUGCUAUAUCAUUAAUAAAGCAGGGGUUACAGUGCAGGAUGACUGGGAAGACAGGUGCAAAUAAUAAUUCAUCCCGAUCGCAUGCACUCGUUCGGGUUCGCACUGCACGUGGCAUAUUUACGUUUGUGGAUUUAGCCGGGAGUGAGCGAGGGACUGAGCGCGGGAUGGAGAGUCAGCAAUCUUUAAUAAAAAGGGAGGGUGCUGAGAUUAAUAAAAGCCUGCUGGCACUGAAGGAGUGCAUACGUGCCAUGGACAAGUCAGCUGUACACCUUCCAUUUAGGCACAGUAAAUUAACACAGGUUUUGAAGGAGUCGCUGGUCGGUGAGUCAAAGUGCUGCAUAAUUGCGACGAUUUCUCCUGAGGAGGCAUCGACUGAGCACUCGCUUAACACGCUAAGGUAUGCGCACAGGAUACGCGGUCUGGGGAGUAAAAAGAGGGAGGACAGUGCCGGGACAAGCCUACAAAGUACGGGGAGUAUCCAUAGACAGCAUAAGCAGGCACUGUGCACAAACACUCCGAGUGCGUAUACGGUGCAUGUAAAGGGUGCACCUGUCCCGGGCACUGUGCUUAAUGCGGUGCAGUCGACUCCUGUCCGGGAGAGGGUCGAUCGGGAGAAGGUUUCUGUGUCUAAGCAGGGAUCACCUGUGGCUCAGAGAGUACUUGUACAGCAGGCAUUAGCAUCAGUUGCCAGUAGAGUGGCCCGUGAGAGUGAUCCUGAGACUCUUGAAGUAUUAAAGGAGGCCCUGCUUGAUAUUGCGAAGUAUCAGAAGAUAUCUUAAGCAGGGACAGCAAGCAGUUUAAUAAAUACA